AUGUCAGCUGCCAAUGACACGAAACUCAGCUCUGCAUUGCUCCUUCUCACUGGGAUACCUGGGCAGGAACAUGUCUAUCUCUGGAUCUCUAUUCUCUUCUGCUUCAUGUAUGCAAUCUCAAUGGUAGGCAAUUCAGUCAUUCUCUUCAUUAUAAAAAAGGAUCCAAGCCUCCAUGAGCCCAUGUACAUUUUCCUUUCCAUGUUGGCCCUCACAGACCUUGGCUUAUCUAUAGCCACCAUACCGACGAUACUGGGUAUAUUUUUGUUUAACUCUAGGGAGAUCACCUUCAAUGCCUGUUUUGCCCAGUUGUUCUUCAUCCACACACUUUCAUUCAUUGAAUCUGCUGUGCUCUUGCUGAUGGCCUUUGACCGCUUCGUUGCGAUCCGUGACCCACUGAGAUAUGCUUCCAUCUUAACUCCGCCGAGAAUAGCCAAAAUGGGACUGGUGUUUCUGCUAAGAGGAGUGGCCCUAAUAUUCCCGCUACCCUUUCUCCUGAAACGGUUCCAAUACUGUCGUGUCAACACCCUCUCCCACUCCUACUGCCUGCACCAGGAGGUCAUGAAGUUGGCUUGUUCAGACAUCACCGUCAAUAGCAUCUAUGGCUUGUUCACUAUAGUCUGUACAAUAGGGUUAGAUUUACUGUUCAUCUUCCUCUCUUACGUGAUGAUCCUCAAAACAGUGCUGAGCAUCGCAUCCCACACAGAGCGCCUCAGGGCCCUGAACACCUGCGUCUCCCACCUCUGCGCCGUCCUGAUCUUUUAUGUGUCAUUGAUCAGCCUGGCUCUGAUACACCGAUUUGGGAAUCGCUCUACUCACUUCCUUCAGAUUCUCCUGGGCUAUGUCUAUAUGAUGGUUCCUCCCCUAAUUAACCCUAUUGUGUACAGCGUGAAAAGCAAACACCUCCGUGCGAGGAUCAUCAUGGCGUUUGUCAAGUGA